UGUCACUAUGGUGCUUUUGUUUAUAAACAAUAAUUAAAAAAAAAGCGAUAUCAAGUCAUUAAGUAGUCAUACGAUUACACAAAUAGUCCGUUUAAGAAGUCACUGACAAUAUAAUAGUUAUACUGGUUGCAGAUCCAGACUAAAAAAUGUCCUCGAUCCAGGAGCGUUUGCAGCUGAAACGUGAGCCUUUAGACCAAUGGACUAUACGCGAACAGUUAGCGUUGGCCUCGGCCGUUGCCCGCAGCGGCGACCAAAAUUGGAUGUCGGUAAGCAGAGCCCUAAAGCCGUUCGGAGAGCCCAACCGGCCGCCGGAUUGGUGCCACCAGAAGUACUGUGCGGCCCAAUAUGGGGUGCUGCUUUCCACUGUGGAGACCCCAAAGCGUAAGAAACGGAGCUCUUCCGGCACCGAUAUGGGGCUUGAGACCCCUGCGGAGUGCAUUCUGAGGCGGCUCAAAGCUGAGAGGUUAGCCGAGUUGAAGAAACUGAUGGCUGAGGAGAAGGCCGAAUAUCAAAAAUUACAAGAGGAUAUGGCACUUUUGCAAUCUGGUAAAGUUACUGAAGAACAAUUGGAGAUAUGGUCACAGGAAAUUGACGAAGAAGAGAAAAAGAAAGAACAAGAAGCCAUUGCCCACGCGCUGAUGCUUAAACAAAGGGAGCAAAGGAAAUUGGAAAUCGAAAGGGCUUGGAGGCCCACCAAAGCACCCGCCACCGUUACUGGCCAGAAACGGAAGAACUCAGAUUCUUUGGAGGCACCAGAAGUGGAACAACCAGAGGAGACGACGACUCAGGUACAGCAAACUGUUCAACAGACGGAAGGUAAACCAGGACUGUCGCCAUUAUUGACCAGUCUCUUGAAAUCCCCGUCACAGGUUCAGAAUGUCCAGACGUCAUCUAUUUUACAUUCUGCCAUAACCAGUGUAAAUACGAGUCCGAAGCCGGCGACAACAACCAAUCAGACAAUUGCCAGUUUAUUGAAUUCGUCCAGUGGAAUAACAAAUGUUUCCCCACAAUUGCAGCAACUAGUUAGCAGUGCGAUUGGACAAGAACAAGUGGUACUCGAUGAGCAAACGCAGGCUAUUGCCAACGAUAUUUUGGCCGAUCCUAAUUUGCCUGACAUCAAAAUUGAUGUUUUGGCUAACAGCAUAUUGGUACAAGAUGGGCCGUUGCCAGAAAUCAAGAAAGAAGAAGUUGACGACAUUAUAUCCGAGAUUAUUGAAAACGCCCACGACAUUGUUACGGAUCCCGAACAACAUCUUCAAAUUGAUAGAAAUGGAGACAUUAAUAUUAAUUUAGAACUUGAUGACUUUGAUGAUGAUCCACAGGAAGAGCCCCAAAUACCUGAACCCGCACCGGAAGUUAUUAAGGAAGUUAAGGAGGAAAGAAUUCCAACCCCCACCCCAGCACCAGCUCCAGUAGUGAUGCCAAUUGCUGCACCAACAGCAUUACCGAUUGUUGAACCAGCAACAGAAGUUCCAACAGUGGCUGUCACAACACCAGCUCUACCACCACAGGCACCAGUUGUCGUUGAAAAACAAGAACCUCCUAGUGUUGAUCCAUUUGAAUUCCAGGAAGAUCCGGUUAUUUUUGAACCUACCAAGCCACUUAAGCAAACUGAACCUAAACAAUAUCAACAACAACCUGCUCCGCAACCGAUUGUCGAGUCUCCGAAACCAGUGGAAGAAAUAAAAACUAAACCAGAGACUGCAGAGUCUAGGGAAGUUAAAACAGAUGGUGUGACUGAAGAAGUACCAAAGAAAGUGGAAAAGAGUGGAGGAUCUGUGGAAAUUGUAGAAGUUGUUGGGGAAGAUGAGGAAGUUAAUAAACAAUUAAACAAGUCUCAAAUACAAGACAUUGUACACACAUCUGCAACAACAGACCUGGAAUCACCUCCUAAGCCAGUAGAAAAAGAUGAAAGUAAAGAAGUAGAAGUAGACACUAAGGAAGUAGCAAAAGUGGUAGAGACUAAACCUGAACCAAUAGAAAGCACACCAGAGAGCAAAGACACAACUACUGGUGAAGAGUCUUCAGAGACUUCUGACGCUGAUACAAAAUCUUUAGACAUUAAAAAGGAAAUUAAUUUGGAAAUUCAGGAUAGCUUGGACAAUUCUAUUGUCACUACAGACUUGACGCAAGAACUAUAUGAUGAUAUAAAUAUGGAAGUUAAGGUGGAUAAAACUGGCAAGGCCAAAAGAGAUUACUCCAGAACCAAGAAGAAGGAAGAAAAAGGUUUUGAUAUGCUAUUGGCUAUUGAAAAAGCGCACUUGGAUGAAUCCGAUUUGGCUGAAGAAAAUUCUGACAAGGAACUGUUAGAGGAAAAGAAAGACAUCAAACUAAAACCGAAGAUUGAGAAUGAAAGAUCAAGCAGCCCUUGGACGGAAGAAGAAGACACCAGUAGUGUUAAGACUAAAAGGAGAUAUUCUACGCCAGCGACACCUGUUGACUCUGUUCCAAACUCUCCUGCUUCUAGUAUCACAUUUGAGGACGAUAAAGAUUACAGAAAUUGGAAAAAAUCUGUUAUGUUGGUUUUCAAUCGUCUAGCCACCAACAAAUACGCCUCAUUAUUCUUGAAGCCAAUUACUGAUGAUCAAGCACCAGGAUACAGUAAUCUCGUUUAUAGACCCAUGGACCUCCAAACAAUCAAGAAGAACAUAGAAAAUGGACAUAUUCGAACGUCGUUGGAGUUCAAGCGAGAUAUUAUGUUGAUGUUCAACAAUGCCAUAAUGUACAACAAAACGAACGACACCGUCUACAAUAUGGCGAAACAAAUGCAACAGGAGUCAAUGCAAGCAAUCGAAAUUUUGCUUCAGGCAUCCAUCCAGGCCGACGGUCCUUUAAGAAGGGAGACAAGAACUAGUGAAUCCGGUACAAAGAGGAAGCGCAAUACCACUGAAGACAAUGUUAAGAAUAAAAAACGUAAGGAGGACUAGCAUUACGCCUUUCGGGUAUUUGAUAAAGUUUUUGAUUUUAGCGACUUCUUCUAGUCUCAGAAUACAUUUUAACAAUUUUUAUAUUACUUGAAGGAGAAGGCAUAAAGACGAUUAUAAGUUAUGAUUUAGAUCUAAGUGCCUUGACCUUUUUUAGUUGAGAUUCAUGUUUAUUUGAAUUGAGAAUUUUUUAAAUAUUAAAUUGUGACUCCACGAUUAAACUAAAUAUUAAUUUUUAUGCAUUACAUUUUUAUUUACAAUGUUUUAUACUAAGUAAGCGGUUAUAUCGACGGAGUAAGACUCGAACAAAAUAUGUAUGUAUAUAUAUUAAAUUAGACCUGUUUACAUUAUUAUCGUUACCUUUCAAUGGUCGGUCCGGACCAUAAGUGAUUAGGAGGUAUACACAUACUGUAUAAGCUGACAUAAAGUUGUAUAUAAAUUAUACGUGUAUAAUUAUAAAAAAAAUCUUGUUUAGUGUAAUUGGCGGACAUAACCAGGUGCAUUAAAUUAGAAAUACGUGUAUAUAUUUAAAAGUAAAUUUUUAGAUUGAUGUAUAUUUUAUUAGAAAUUUGUAUCACGCUCUGGUGAUUUACUUCAGAAAUAAUCGAACCAUUUCUUCCAGAAUCCUACACCAUACUUGGCAUUCCAAUGUUAUUUAGAUAAACUACUACAUGUAACAUCUUAUCUAUAAAAGGAUUGUAAAUUAAAUGCUGUACAAGUGA